AUGUUGUAUGAUAUCACCAAGCGACUUUCAGGAAAGUACAGUAAGCCAGAGAGACCUGUUAAAGAUAAGCAAGGGAAAACCAUCAAUAGUAUAGAACAUCAACUGAAAAGGUGGGUGGAACACUUUGAAGAACUUCUAAACAGACCGUCUCCUCUAAACCCUCCAAUUAUUGAGCCAGCCAAUGAAGAUCUAUCAAUCAAUUUUGAAAAGCCGAGCAAGGAAGAGAUCAGGAAAGCCAUCAUCCAAAUGAAAAAUGGGAAAGUGGCAGGACCAGAUAACAUCUUGGCAGAGGCCCUUAAAGCAGACCUGAAUACAUCAGUGGAGAUGUUGUAUCCACUCUUUGAAAGAAUCUGGGCAGAGGAAACUGUUCCUUCAGAAUGGAAAGAGAGCCAUCUCAUUAAGCUUCCCAAGAAACGGGACCUUAGCAAAUGCGACAACUACAGAGGCAUCAAUCUUCUAUCAGUUCCAGGAAAAGUUUUCAACCAUAUCCUUUUGGAAAGGAUAAAGGACAUCACUGACAAAAAGCUGAGAGAAGAGCAGGCAGGCUUCCGCAAAAAUAGAUCGUGUACUGAUCAAAUUGCAACGCUCAGAAUAAUUGUGGAACAGUCAGUUGAAUGGAGCUCACCAUUGCAUAUCAAUUUUGUUGACUUUGAAAAGGCAUUUGAUAGCGUGGACAGAGAGACACUGUGGAGCCUUCUGAAGCACUAUGGUAUACCAACGAAAAUAGGACAGCCAGUACGAGAACUCCACACUUCCAAACAGGUUAUUUUGACUUCUUCUGAUAUCUCCCCAGAGCAUCACACUCAGGAGAUCCCUGAAAAGAAGAAAUGUAAGAGGAAGCACUUAAUUGCCACAGAAAAUACAGACUUCGAUAAAGGUGAAGGGGAAAAUGAUUGUCCUGACAUUUCUACUCCUGUCUCAGAAUUUGCGAGUGCUCAGCUUCAGGACCUUAUUAAACGAAUGCGGGACAGAGCAGAGAUCUAUAAAAAGAAAGUGAAUGACAAAGAUUUAUCUUCCCCUGAGGAAAGCCCAACUGCCUGUAAAAUAAAAAUUAAAAACAGUCCCCCCACUCCAUCUCCUCCAAAGAAUAAAAAGGAGCAUAAAGAGGAGAAAGGUAAGAAGCAAACAGAAGAGGUCAAACCAGAUGAAGACCAUUACUGUGACAUGCUGUGCUGUAAAUUCAAGAGACGGCCAUUAAAGGAAUACCUAAAGAAAUUAAAACUGGCUGAUAGCAUUGAUGCUUACACAGAUCGUACUUAUGUGAUGUGGUUAUUUUUUGUCUCCCUGGCUUUUAAUUGGAACUGUUGGUUCAUUCCAAUGCGUUGUGCAUUCCCAUAUCAAACAGCAGAUAAUCUCUGCUACUGGCUAAUUAUGGACUACAUUUGUGAUUUCUUCUAUUUGGUGGACAUUCUGGUCUUCCAAUCUCGACUGCAGUUUGUUAAGGGAGGCGAUAUAAUAGUAGAUAAAGAAGAAAUGAAGAAAAAUUAUAGACGUUCUGUAAAAUUUCAGCUGGAUGUGGCAUCCAUUUUGCCAUUUGAAAUCUUGGCCUUCCUUUUUGGAUUUCACCCUUCCUUUAGACUCAACAGAAUACUUAAGUAUUCAUCAUUUUUUGAAUUCAACGACCGGCUGGAAGGAAUAAUGGAUAAAGCCUACAUUUACAGAGUAAUCCGAACAACUGGAUACUUGCUUUUCAUUCUUCACCUCAAUGCAUGUCUGUACUACUAUGCUUCAUAUUAUGAAGGAAUUGGAAAAACUAAGUGGGUAUAUGAUGGCAGAGGAAACAAGUAUCUGAGAUGUUAUUACUGGGCGGUUCGAACUUUAAUAACCAUCGGUGGCCUUCCUGAACCCCAAACUGUGUUUGAGAUAAUCUUUCAACUCUUAAAUUAUUUUUCUGGGGUUUUUGUAUUUUCCAGUCUAAUUGGUCAGAUGCGUGAUGUAAUUGGUGCUGCUACUGCAGGGCAAAACUACUUCCGCAGUUCCAUGGAUAACAUUGUACAUUAUAUGACUACAAACAAAAUCCCUAAAUAUGUUGAGCACCGUGUUCGAACCUGGUAUGAGUACACUUGGCAGAUACAAGGAAUAUUGGACGAGUCAGAGUUGCUUGAAGAUAUGCCUUCAAGGAUGCAGUUAGCAAUUGCUAUGGAUGUGAACUAUGCUAUUGUCAGCAAAGUUGACCUUUUCAAAGGCUGUGACAACCAGAUGAUUUAUGACCUUUUGCUGAGGUUAAAAUCCAUUAUUUAUUUACCUGGGGACUUUGUCUGUAAAAAGGGAGAGAUUGGCAGAGAAAUGUACAUCAUCAAAGAAGGGGAAGUCCGUGUGCUUGGUGGCCCUGAUGGAAAAUUAGUCCUGGUUACUCUAAAAGCAGGAGCAGUAUUUGGAGAAAUCAGCCUUUUAUCUGCAGGUGGAGAAAACCGUCGCACAGCAGAUGUUGUUGCUUAUGGCUUUGCAAAUCUAUUUAUUUUGGACAAAAAGGAUCUCAAUGAAAUCUUGGUUCACUACCCAGACUCCCAAAAGCUCCUUAUGAAGAAGGGAAAAAAACUGAUUAAAGACAAAGGUAAGCCAACAGGACCAUUACCUGUAGUCAAAGGCAUGUCUUACCUAAUUCCUCAGAAACAAGCAACCCCAAAAUUUCUACGUACCAUCAUGCUGGCUGUUGCAAAAAACAAAGGUUUCAAUCUGUUAAAGAAACAGAAAGAAGAAGAACACGAGAAGGGUAAUGCUGCUGACCAAGAUAACUCUCAACAAAUUUCCAAGGAACAGCAGAAUUCUCAUCCAGAACCAAAGGAAAAAAAAGAAGACAUGUCACGUCCCAAAUCACCUCCAGUGUCAGGUCAAACUCCACAACAGAAAGCAGCUUCCAAAACUGCUGUACACAGAAAUAUCACUGAUAAAUCACUUAUCAUUAGCAUGCAUCCAUCCACCAAAGCUGGAGAAGGAGAAGUCCUCACUGUUGAAGUUAAAGAAAAGAAAACCAGUUAGGACAUUUGCUGUCUGUAGAGAAAAGAGCAGUCUUAGCUUGCUGAAGAAAAUGGCUGAAAGAAUGGUUACUAUCCUAAUUAUAAUGGUACCAUUCCUCUAGUGGAUUUGUUGUUUUCUUAAGUGUAGCCCUGAAAGUGAAUUCUGAGUGGUUCUAGAGAUAAAGUACAUGUGACACAGAAAAAUAUCAAAGUAAAACUAGACUUCAAGCAACACUUUAUGUGUCUACUUUGUAUCAUACUAUUACCCUGAUAAGGAAAAUAGAUUUUCAACAGUUUCAGGCAUGUAUUAUGUUUCCUUCCUUCAAAAGCAGGAUGAGGUUCAGUUUUCUAGUAAUUUUAUAACAGUGUGCUACAUCAGGUUGUU